AUACAGUGGAGAGUCAUGUGGUAUUUUAUUCCUUUGGAUCUCCCUGGUUAUGAAAUUAACAACAGUUCUUCCUUAAAUUGUGACGUUUUUUUUUCUCACUCAUUUCAGGUCAAACUGGAUGUCUACCUGGCAGAGCUGACCAAGAUAGGGAAGAGUCAGAAGUACACUCUGUCUGUGGAUGUGGAAGGAGGUAGACUGGUUGUGAUGAAAAAGGUGAAGGACAGCCAGGAAGACUGGACAACUUUCACACAUGACAAAAUCCGUCAGCUGAUCAAGUCCCAGCGGGUGCAGAAUAAGCUGGGCAUUGUUUUUGAGAAGGAAAAGGACAAGAGCCAAAGGAAAGACUUCAUAUUUGCUAGU